AUGAACAGAAGGAAACCUUCUCAAUAUUAUCGCCACCGACAUACCUAUCUCCAAUGGCAAUGGAUACAAACGAGGAAGAAGAUUGAAAAGUCUUAUGAGAAUCCUGAGGAGGAAAUUAAAGUUCCCAUAAGUGGGGAAGAUAAGUUACGUAUUUACUACCCAUGGAGAUUCUCAGUAAUAAUAAAACUACUAGGUAACAAAAUCCUAUACCAAGUUCUCAAACGUAAACUUAUAGAUCUCUGGAAACCAACUGAAGCUUUUCCCCUAAUAGAUCUUGGUGAACAAUACUUCAUAGUUAAAUUCAAUAAUGAAGAGAACUUGGAGACUGUAUUACAAAAAGGGCCAUGGUUUGUUUUUGGCCACUUUCUUUCUCUACAACGAUGGAAACCAAAUUUUGUUCCCGCUACUGCCAAACAAGUUUUAACUGCAAUAUGGAUCCGGUUACCACAUCUUCCAACAGAAUUUUACGAUGAAGAAAUUAUGAAAAAAGUAGGUAACACAGUAGGCAGAUUACUCAAAGUGGAUGCUUGCACAUCAGCAGCCUUAAGGGGUCGCUAUGCCAGGCUUUGCGUUGAACUUCCUCUAGAUAAACCAGUGAAAUCCAACGUAUGGAUAGGCAACCACAAACAGCAGAUCCUCUACGAGGGAGAAAAUCUCCUAUGCAAAAACUGUGGCUGUCUAGGGCAUACAGCUAGACAGUGCAAUAUCAAAUCAAAUGGUCCAGCAACCUCAGCACCCAUGAGCAAUGGCGAAAAGGAAUAG